CGUUUUUACGGGUCAUAACUUUACCACAUGACCUCAUAAUCACGUGACCUAUAAUUUUGUUUAUAUUUUCUGCUGUUUUACAACAAACUGGUGUUGUUGUCGUGCUAUUCUGCGUGCUUCUUUCCGACUGUGAGCACAUUUUCAUAGGAUUGUAGGAAGAUAACAAUCGAAGAAAGAUGUCUUCAAGAGACAGGAUUGCUAUAUUUCCAUCUCGCAUGAAUCUAACAAUAAUGAAAGCGAGGUUGAAAGGUGCUCAGAAAGGUCACAGUUUAUUGAAAAAAAAGGCCGAUGCCUUGACAGUUCGAUUUCGUGCCAUAUUAAAGAAAAUUAUUGAGGCAAAGCAACUUAUGGGUGAUGUUAUGAAAGAAGCUUCAUUUUCACUCGCUGAGGCAAAAUUUACUGGUGGUGAUUUUUGUACAGUUGUUUUGCAAAAUGUUAGCAAGGCACAAAUCAAAGUUCGAACAAAGAAAGAAAAUGUUGCAGGUGUAAAUAUACCAGUGUUUGAGCAUUAUGAAGAUGGAACUGACAGCUAUGAACUGACAGGAUUAUCGAGGGGUGGUGAACAAUUAUCAAGGUUAAAAAAGAAAUAUGCAAAGGCAAUUCAUUUAUUGGUUGAUCUGGCAUCUUUGCAGACAUCCUUCGUUACUUUGGAUACUGCAAUCAAGAUUACUAAUAGAAGAGUAAAUGCUAUUGAAUAUGUUAUUAUUCCACGAAUUGAAAACACUAUAGCAUAUAUCAUUAGUGAAUUGGAUGAAGGAGAUCGUGAAGAAUUUUACAGACUUAAAAAAAUUCAGCAAAAGAAGGCUGUUGCUAAAGAAAAAGAAGACAUUGCUCGAAGAGCUGAAAGGGAAGCUUUAUGGCUUGCUGGAAAUGAUGAGGUUGAUAGUUACACAGAAUCCAAAAAUAUGCUGGAUGAUAAUGAAGAUGAGGAUUUGCUUUUCAAAUAGUUGUAUUGGAUUUCAAAAGUAUAUUAUGAAGGUUGGAGUGAUUGCUUUCCUUGGUGGUGCUUCAUGGCUAGGACCUCACACCAAGGAAGCAUCUUUUUCCGUUUUGAUCCAUCUUUUUUCUGCAGAUUAAGUUUAUGUGAAUUGUGUUUGUCAAUUUAUUUACUUUUGAUUGAUUGUGAGAUUUCAUAUUAAUGUGAUUUAUGUGUCACGGGCCUAUUAUUCAAUCUAUUGUCAAUUAAACUUAUUAAUGUAAUCUAGCUAAUUGUCCACAGGUGAAGAUUCUACCAUAUGUGGACCAACUACUUUUGUGAUGUGGAAAGCAUAUAUAUGUGUGUAUAUAUAUAUAUAUAUAUUCAUCUGUCGUCAAAUUUCAUUACGCCAAUAGUAGUAUCUUUUCGGAUUCGUCUUUGUGCAAUAUUGCAAAAAUCUUGUUCAAAAUAAAAUUCAAGAUUAGAGCA